ACAUAAAAGAAAAUAUUGUCGAAAAUCUGACAAUGGUUCGAGACAGUGGUUCGGUUGGUAUACCUGGCCACUCUCGCCGAUGUUAGUUGGCUUCAAGAUGGCGACAGAACAGCCCACGAAGCUCAAGUGCACGUACUGUACCGACGAUGUGUACGGGAUCGCGAUAAAAUGCGUCGAAUGUGUGGACUUCGACCUCUGCCUCCAGUGUUUUUCUGCAGGAGCAGAAAUAGGCCCCCAUAAAAAUGAUCACCCAUAUAAGUUUAUAGAUUCAGGUACAACAAAUAUUAACCAUGGAAAGAAAAAAUGGUCUUCGCGAGAGCAUCUUGAGCUUCUGUAUCAAAUUCAGUGUUUUGGUUUUGGAAACUGGGAGGAAAUAUUACCGUUCAUCAAGCCUAGAACAGCAGAAGAGGCACAUGACGAGUACAUUGCAAAGUUUGUUGAUGGUAGCCUUGGCAGGGCGUUGUGGCCGGCAGCGUAUGAAAAACGGGCUCAGCUUCCUGAUCUUUACAAAGAUGACCCACCACCACCAACCCACCAAGUCAAUUUUCCACCUAUAGAUGUAACGCCAGAAGAAGCAGCACUUUUAGGAUACAUGCCGAACAGAGAUGAUUUUGAUCAGGAAUAUGAUAACGAAGAAGCGGAGAGUUUACUAUCAUCCUUAUAUUUACUUAAUAAUACAAGUGAGGAUGAUGAAUUAUAUAUAUCUCUUAAAUUGGCACAAGUAGAUAUGUACAUAGACAAAUUAAGAGAAAGAUCAAGAAGAAAAAAAAUUUGUAGGGAUUACCAAUUAAUUAAAAAGUUCUUCACUGCACAAAAAGAGCGGUUAAAACUUACAAAAAUCCCUGAACAAGAAUUUGAUGAAAAGUAUAGAUGGAUGUGCCAGCUACAAACAGCAAAAGAACAUGACUGUCUCCUUAAAAAUCUCCUUCGCCAAAAAGAACUUCAACACAGAUUAUCCGAACUAAUUAAAUAUAGAAAAAACGGUUUAACAAAGAUCGAAGAGCUUCCUCACUUCGAGCAGGAACUCCAAGCUAAAAAGGGCGCAUCUGGCAGUUCUAUGCAGCAUUAUCUGACAGCAACAUUGAAAAAAAAAAAAGAAAAAAGCGAAGUAAAAGAAUCCUGUUCAACAGAAAAAAAUUACACCUCCCACACCGUCAACCAUGGAUCAUUGCAAGGGCAAGAGCGGCGGCAGAUUCUAGGAGACUUUCACCCUCUUCUUUCUGAACCUUCGAAGCAUCUCCUCAAUAAGACUGAGGCUCAGCUAUGUUCGUCUUUAGAGCUUACCCCAUCUCAAUUUGUAUCAAUGAAAACAUUGUUUCUAGCGAAUCCACACGAAAUAGCAGAUACCACACCUGAGAAACAAAUCCAGCAGCACGUUAAGUCCAGUGGAUGGUUUCUCGCAACGUGAAUUAGUCGCCAUCGUUGUCAUCUCUUAUUUAAAUGUUUAUUGGUUUCGUCUAACCUAAUAUGUAAUUAUAAAACAUACAGUUGUUGCACAAGAGGUGUUAGUCCAAUUGGUUUUAAAAUGUUAAGGUUUGAUUAACGCACUUUUAUGUUUUUUGUUUUUAAAUCUAUCCUCAUCGAUGUAACCAGUAGUGAUUUAGAGUAAAAAUCUGAAUCUUAAUAUUUCUGUGGUCUGCCAUCAUUAGCUAGAGCCUUGUUUAUAGGUUAUUUGGUCAAAACCAAAGACUUUGCCUUAAAAUUGACUUUCUUCGGUUAGAGAACAGAAAAUUAUUCGAAUUACUAUGAGUAUAUACCAUUGUUUAUACUAUAUUUAUUCUUUAGCUGUUCUGUUUAAGCUACCUCGACUCAGUUGAAAAUGUGUAGUCAAAUUUUGUUUCACUAGGCUUCCUUUAUGAAAACAGAUAUUAAUGAAGGAUAUAUUCAUUCCAGAAUAUCCUAAGCUUUAAAAUGUGAUAAAAGGUUUGAUAUAUUUUCAUGUUUUCCUGUACAGUUUUAUUUUUAAUUUGAUGAUGUUUUUAAUUGACAUAAUGUUUUCCUCCACCUCAUAGUCAGAGGUCAAACAUAAAUGCAAUGUGUGUAUUGUAUAAGCAUUACCUGCAAAGUAAAGUUGUGUAGAGUCAAAAUUUAUUCAAUGUUAUUUGUGUCAUGACUGUACUUUCACAUACGUCCUCAUAAAAUACAAAAGGAUUAUGCAUUGUU